GUAUUCUCACAAUUUUUGGCUUUGGUCUUCUCAACACCACGUCCUGGAACCUUGAGCUGAUCAGAAAUACAAAAUAAAGGUUGGUUAUCCAUGUUGUUUCGAAACGCACUCAGUCGCAGCUUUAUUAAGCUGGUUGCUCUUGCUGCCCUCGUCGCGGCGGUAUCGUGCAACCAAGUCUUGACUCCAGGAAUUCGAGCCACCGCAUUGGCAGCGUCAUCAGUCCAGGCAGACGAGGGAACUUUGCUUCUCUUCAAGGAUGAACGAUCACUCGCAGAGGAAGCUGACAAUCAUUCCUCGCAUGCAGAGGAACAUGUCGAUGAGCACGGACAACAUGACGCACAUGAAGGCGAUGCAAACAGCGAUGGUCAUGGAGAUGGCCACAGUGAGCUGAGCGUUCAUGUUACCUACGAAGACAUUUAUGCUAUUCUACUGUUUCUCUUGGUUGCCACGGGGGCUGGAAUUGUCUUCGAGUACCUUGGCAUGCCGGCCCUUGUUGGAGAGAUUUGCACUGGUUUCCUUCUGGGUCCACCUCUUGCUGACUUCGUUCCCUACCCAGAAGCAAUGGUUCUGGUUGGUGAAAUUGGUUUGAUCCUUCUUCUUUUGGAGGCCGGAGUUGAAAUCGACGUGGGUCAACUCAAGCAAACGGGAACUCGAGCAAUCUCCAUUGCUGGAACGGGGAGUCUCCUUCCCCUCCUUGUUGGAUUUGGAAUUGCUACCGCAGCCGGUGAAAGCUGGAAAGGUGCAUUGGCCGUUGGAGCAGCCUUCAGCCCUACAUCUCUAGGAGUUGCCUCCAAGGCUCUUGGAAGUGGAGGGAUGCUGAACACUCCCGUUGGCCAACUCAUUGUAGCUUCCUGUGUUAUUGAUGAUAUCAUCGCUUUGAUUAUUCUGGCCAUGUUCGAAGUCCUCGUGGCGGAAGACCCAGCUAUCUGGGAGUUCUUUAUCCCCAUCAUCUCGGCCGUUGGCUUCCUCAUCGUGCUUGGUGGUGCUGCUGUCUUCAUUUGGCCCAACGUGAUUGAGAACAAGAUUCUUCCUCGCUUCCAAGAGCAGAACAGGGAAAUGGUCAUGUUCUCCAUCAUGUCUGUCCUCCUACUCCUCUAUCUUCCUCUUCUAAACUACACUCGAGCUAGUUACCUCAGUGGCGCCUUCCUCGCUGGCAUGUCCUUUUCGCAGAUCCACUCAGCACACGACAGUUUCAUCAAGAACACGCAUCAGUUGAUGGUGUGGCUCUUGAGGGUAUUCUUUGCAUCUUCGAUCGGUUUCCAGAUUCCAAUCACCAAGUUCAGCGAUCCAGCCGUGAUUGGUUGGGGUUUUGCACUCUACGCCUGUGUAGCCAUGAAGUUUCCUCUUGGCUUGUACGUUCCAAAGUUUGACGAUGUCGAAGAAGGAGCUUCCUUUAACCCAAGCCGGAGAGACUUUUUCGUCACCGGUUUGGCAAUGUCAUGCAGAGGUGAAUUCAGCUUCAUCAUUGCCUCGUUCGGUCUUUCGGCUGGAUUGAUCGGAGAGGACUUCUAUUCCGCCGUAGUCUGGGCCGUACUGAUUUCGUGCGUAACUUCGCCUUUUGUGCUGCUCAAGACCAUAAAAUACUACAAGGGUAAACAGCAGGAAUACAUGGACCAGAUGAAUCCUUUGCUUCACAAAGAGUCGCGAACUGCAGAUGGAAAGAUGCCUUUGCACCUAUACGUACACAUCAACUCUCACGUGCAAUGGGGAAUGCAAGAGAGGUUCCGCGAGAAGCUCCAUGACCUCGGACUGCAGAUCGUUGAACACACCACAACUCAUCAGCGUGGAGUUGACUCGAUGGUCGACACCACGAUCUACGUCAGGGACACGCAGACUGAAGUUGACCUUCCAACUAUUCAAAAGCAGAGAAAAACCUUGCGUGCACUGGUUCAGUCCACCAGGAAGCUCAUUAACUCCCAACGAAACCUUGAUGUAUCGAAUCAUUCAAAAAUCAGAAAUCUCUCUUCUGGAGAUCUCAAGGAAUUGGCCCAAGCUGACCAGAAUGGAAUGGAUGACGAAUCACAACACACCCUGGACGCACUUCGAGGAGAGAAAGAAAUCAUCGAAGCGCGCGAGGAAGAAGUUCGGCUUGCAUUGAGUGAACUCAUCCACCAACAGGACGCUGCUGUUACUGUGGAGGAAUGGAAUCCUUGGGACUGGACAGCAGCCCUGAAAACUCUUGCUGAAAACCACGGCGAGGGAGCUCUCACUCGCCGUCACUUCAUGAACCUAUUCGAUAAGAUUGAUGCAGACGGAGGUGGCACUGUUGACGAAGACGAGCUUUACGAAGCUCUCGUUGCAGCUGGCGUGAAGAUCACAAGGGCUAAUCUGGCUACCAUGAUUGCAAUGGUUGAUGACAACAACGAUGGCGAGGUGGACCGAGAAGAAUGGAAGUCUGCUAUCGACUUCUUCCUCGAGCAACAGGCUGCUGAAAGAACCUUCAGCGGCUUCAUGGGGCCGGCCAUGUCGUCUCGUGGGUUCAUGUCGUCCGCUAGACAGCUUAUGGCACAGGAUAGUUCCUCUCGCCGCUUCUCCUCGCGGUGCUUGACGGUACCUGCGCCUGUCGCUGAAACGUCCCGUGAGCUCGAUCUCGAGGAGACAGCAGAUCUCGAGAUCUCAGACGAUACGUCUGGUAGCUUCGCUGUCGGCAUGGGCAUUGACGACUCUGAAAAUUCCAAAGACGACAAAGAAGACAGCUUCGGUAUGGAAGUUGAGUGCUAGACGAGUACAGUCGUGUACCCGUGGAAAGACGUCC